UAGAUAUUCUUCAACCACGCGGUUGCCGCUUUGCUCAUCAUUUCCCUAGUUAUUCCGGCCAAUGAAGCUUGAAGCCGAGGCUUAGAAAUUUGCCGCAAGUAAUUCCAUUUUUACAACAAACUACUCUAUUCUGCAACCGAAUUUCAUCAAAACAUUAAGAUGACUGAAGAGGUUAACCCUAAGGCUUACCCACUGGCCGACCAGUCGCUUACUUCGAAGAUCAUGACGCUUAUCCAGCAGGCGGUAAACUACAAGCAGUUGCGUCGCGGUGCUAACGAAGCUACCAAAACGCUGAACCGUGGUCUGUCUGAGUUCAUCGUGAUGGCGGCAGAUGCCGAACCGAUCGAAAUCAUCUUGCAUCUUCCGCUGCUGUGCGAGGACAAAAACGUGCCGUACGUGUUUGUGCGGUCGAAGCAGGCGCUCGGUCGUGCGUGCGGUGUAUCGCGCCCAAUCGUGGCGUGCUCCGUGACGAUCGACGAAGGAUCGCAGCUGAAAUCUCAGAUUGUAUCAAUCCAGCAGGAGAUCGAACGGCUGCUCGUUUAAACAGGGUGAAGACUGGGACAAAGUACAAAGUGUAUUAUGACGCAUUUUAUCUGUUUUUGAAAACGGGAUACAAGAAUGGAAGAAAAAUCAUAAACAACUAUGGUUUUACGGAUAUAAGUCCGUAAAGCGCGCCCA